AGUUUCCCAGUUAUCUGAAACUUCUCUUUUAAUAUGCUUAUGGAUCACACUCUUCCUCUCUAUUAAUUUACAGUGUGCAGGCAUAAGAGCUUAUAGAGCCCACUUGAUGUUGACAAUGCAAAAGUAGUGCCCCAGUGAUGAGGAGAACAACAAUUUUCCUAUUAGAAGGAAAAGAAAGGCUGGUAUGCUGAAGAAGCUAAGUGAGCUUACAACUUUAUGUGGGGUUCCUGCUUGUGCUGUUGUUUUCGGUACUUACGAUACUCAACCAGAUAUCUGGCCUUCCCCUCAGGAGGCGUGCAACUUGCUUGAGCGGUUGAAGAAUCUGUCUCCAAAGAAACAAGGUAAGUAUAUGCUGGACCAAAAGGUUUUUCUUAGAAGUAACAUAUGCAAGUUGGAAGAAAAACUGGAAAAACAGAGAAAGAAAAACCAAGAGCUAGAGAUUGAGCUGACUUUGGCAGGUUCCUUGCCAAUUGAAAAUGAAUGUAAUUGGAAUAACGUGGGGCAUCUGGAAGAGAUGCUUGGUCUUUUGAAGGACAGGAUUAAGUCUGUUACCAGUAAGAUUGAGGACACAAAGGCAUCUCAAAUCUAAGCAAGUUGUUGUUUGAUUAUGAGAAGAAAAUAAAUUAGAGUAUUUCUCUGAAUAGACAUCUUUCCUGAAACAAUGGAAGUUUCAUUUAGUUUUUCUUUAUUUUGGCAAUUGAUUUGAUCAUGUUUGGCUCAGAUCUGUGAUCUGAAUAUACUUUCACCUGAUUG